AUGGCGGGUAUUUCGACAACUUCGCGCGAUUUUAUAGUUGCUACGAAGUACAAACUUAUCCGUAAAAUUGGCUCGGGUUCGUUUGGAGAUAUUUAUCUUGCGAUAAACAUCACUAAUGGUGAAGAAGUUGCAGUAAAAAUGGAGUCAAAUAAAGCACGUCAUCCGCAACUUCUUUAUGAAAGUAAGGUUUACAAGAUAUUGCAAGGAGGUGUCGGGAUUCCACAUAUUCGUUGGUACGGCACAGAACGGGAAUAUAAUGUAUUAGUAAUGGAUCUUCUUGGACCAUCGUUAGAGGACUUAUUCAAUUUUUGCAGCAGAAGGUUUACGAUGAAAACCGUUUUAAUGCUUGCUGAUCAGAUGAUAGGUCGUAUUGAGUACGUGCACGUCAAGAAUUUCAUUCACAGGGACAUCAAACCAGACAAUUUUAUGAUGGGGAUUGGUCGACAUUGCAAUAAGCUCUUCUUAAUUGAUUUUGGACUGGCUAAGAAGUAUCGUGAUUCAAGAACGCGAGCACACAUUCCGUAUCGAGAAGAUAAGAAUUUGACAGGGACUGCACGAUAUGCGUCUAUCAAUGCUCAUUUGGGUAUCGAGCAAUCUAGGAGAGAUGAUAUGGAGUCUUUAGGAUACGUUUUAAUGUAUUUCAAUAGGUGGGGUACGCUUCCCUGGCAAGGCCUUAAAGCAGCAACGAAGAAACAAAAGUAUGAAAAAAUUAGUGAGAAGAAGAUGUCAACACCUGUAGAGGUAUUAUGUAAAGGUUUUCCGGCUGAAUUUGCCAUGUAUUUGAAUUACUGUCGUGGUCUGCGUUUUGAUGAAGCUCCAGAUUAUAUGUAUCUUCGACAGCUGUUUCGCAUUUUGUUUAGGACAUUGAAUCAUCAGUAUGAUUAUACUUUUGACUGGACAAUGCUGAAGCAAAAAGCCUCUCAAAAUACUGCUGCAGCUCUUGCCUUGGCGGGAUCUGGACAAGGUGGACCUCAGUCUGGUACUGCUCCCGGCGUUUGA